AUGUCGCAACAGCCACCACCGACAGUGAUGCCACAAAACAUGCUUCCUCCUGGGGAAGCAGAGCUCGCUCAAGCCAACUCCUACUAUCCGCAAGAACCUGCAGACCUAACGGGGGGGCUUCCCAUCAACCUUGACUCUCUGCGUGAUGGUCCACCAGGAAGCAAACCAUUUUACCCAUAUUCUACGCUUAUACGGUAUGCUAUAAAGGGUUCUCCGAAUCAAAAACUACUCCUCGAAGACAUCUACUACGCCAUUGAAUCCCGCUUUCCUUACUUUAGGAAUGCCCCUUCUGGUUGGAAGAACUCAGUGCGACACAAUCUUUCACUUAACCCAUGCUUCGAGAAAGUACCGCGUCCCCUUACCGACCGAGGGAAAGGCUCGUACUGGACAGUCAAUGAUAACGUUGACCCGAGAACGGGUGUCCAUCGGGUGAGGAAGAAGAAGCCGAAGGGCGUAAAGGGUCGACAGUCGGAGGAAGAUCAGGAUGUGGAUUAUCAUCCUGAAGCAUUCAACGACCCUAAUGCACAAUUCGUGCAGCCGCCGCCUAUGCAUCCUGAUGAAGCAGGUCCCAGCCGACAAGCACCGUAUCCGCCGUAUCCCCCCACAUUUGAUCCCAACUUCCAGAUGAUGCCUCCUCCACCUCCCGGCCUUCGUUUCCCUCCUGUGCCCAUAGAUGAUUUGCAGGUAGACGAGAAUGGGAACAUCUUGUGGCGUCUGUCCUUGAUGAAGGAGCUUGCGCACUUGCAGCAAAUUUCAUCGGAGAAGGACAUGGGCGAAGAUUGGUAUCGCGUGAUGCUAUUGCGCAUGCGUGGGGCUGUCAUGGCCCCACCACCUGCAUAUCAUGAUGGUAUGCACCCUCCACCUGGUAUGCCUCCUCCACCUCCGCCCAAUCCGGAGUUAUAG